CAUUGUUAAUGCUUGAGCCUUGCCUGCUUGUCGGGACUAACAUAUCCUGUAAUUACAGCAGUUUUUUUGCAAAUUGUGAUCUGGUUCUUCAGUAGUCAGUAAUAAUGCCACUAAACAAUUUAUCAUUUUAUGUUUUUUUUUUUUUUUCAUCAUUUAUUCAGUUAUUGAAAUUAAUGAGUUCUUUUAAACUCAUUUUAGUUACAGCUAAUAAAAAAUCUUCAAACAUGCACAAGCCCUUCUGUGCAUAACGCAACAAAAUAUGGGAGGUUGUGUCAGUAACUCUAAUAAUAGUGAUGGUUCAUCUGGUAUGUCAUCUUCCAGACAAUCAGGAAACUCUGGCCCACAAACAGUAACCGUUGGUAAAAACAAACCACUUUCAAGUGACAAGCCAAAAUGGAAAUCGGAAACUCCUCUGACGAUGGGACAGUUACGAAGCAAGCGCGAUGAAUACUGGGAAACACAACCUGCAUUUGGUGGAAGAAGAGAAAUUUGGGAUGCACUCCGUGCAGCUUGCGAAACAGAAGACAAUGGGUUAGCUCAAGCAAUUGUGAAUGGUGCUAACAUUACAUUACCUACUGGAUCUCUGACUGAUGCUUAUGAUGAGUUAGGGAACCACUAUAACAUACCGGUGUAUUGUAUAAGUUUACCGGCCAAUUUAAUCCAAACAGAUGAGGCGUCGAAUACAUCCAGUGGAUCAAAGGAUAAUCUUCCCGAACAAGCAUCCGGGGAGGAAAUGGUAAUUAAAACCCGGCUAUCGACGUCAAAUAAGGACGAGAAACUGACUGUUCGAACCGGCGAGACAAUAGGUAAUAUAAAACGCCGAAUCCAAAAAGAACAUGGUGUACAUCCAUCAAAACAAAGAUGUUUUUAUGCCGGCAAGUUAUUGUACGACAAACUAACGAUCUCAGACACGAAGAUAUCAAAAGGUUACGUCAUUCAAAUUAUAGUUGCUCCUCAAGACGAUUAAUUAUUCUGUAACACUGUGCUAACUGCAUUUUUGAAAAUAUACAAGAGAGGCUACGAAAGCUAACACUCGAAUUGCGAACGCCAAGCAGAGAUGUACAUACGUUACUUUUACAGUUCGCAUUUAAAAGUUUUUGCACAUAAUUUUGCAAGCCAUAUUGAUUUAUGAUGGUUUGUCUUCAUGUCUGAGCAAGUUAAAUGUCAAAAAGAUUGUUUCCUUGCAACUACUAUGACUUAAGCAGUUUUUUUUAAAAAAUUUAGAAUGAGUAUACCUUGUUGACGACUUUGCGUGAAGAAAUUAAACGAAAUUUAUUGUAUGCAGAACAUUUUUUCGUCUUCAUACUUGAAACAAGUAGUACUCCUCUGUCGUUCUGCGUCACAGAUAGUUCGUAAAUUCGAAAUAAAAGAACACAACCAUAAAGCAUGCCUACACUAGUCUAUUAAUGGCGUCAGCCUUUGUUCUUUGUUUUGGAUUUAAUUUCAAUGCUUCUUUUCAAACGAGUAUUACAACUUCAGCAAAGGUCUCCUUUUUGCUAUCUUAAAACGUGUUAUCGCUUGUAUUUAUUACUUGAAUUCUUAGUCUGUUGCAACGUUGCUUCUCGGCUCAAAAUCAUUUUUAAUAAUAACCUUUUCUCCCCUUUUUUAUUACGUAACAUUGAAAGAGUUUACCUGAUUGAAGAAGCAUUGGGAAUUUGUCUUCAGGUAAAACGUUACUUUCUACAUUCUAGUUUCUUUUUGUUUCCUCAAUCCUAUUUACAUUGAAUCGAAGACAUUCGUAUCCUUAUUAUUUUUUGAUUUGUGUCAUUUUUGUUGUUUGUAGCAUUUACUAACGAAAUUGCUGCAGAGACUUCAUAAUAAAAUGCAGAUGAUCAACCAGCAUUCCAAAUGUGAUUCCUUUUCCAAACAAAUACUAAUAUUCUUUCCUAUCAGCAUUUUACAUUAUUAAUAUGUUCUAGAUUGGAAAUUAUUUGAAACAGAUGUAAUUAUUAUUUAUUUGUUUUUUAAGUUUACUGCUACUACUUUAGAAGGCAUUUUUUAUAGCUAUUAUAAUUCAUUCUCACAAUUUGAAAUUAAAUAUAUAUAUAUACGUACUGAAUUGAUACGUUUGUAAAUUACUUUCAAAGUGAACACUGGAUUUCAAACAUGUAUAA